AAAAGAUCUCCUUUCUUCUCUCUCGAUGUUCUUUUCUUCGUUGGGCUCGCUUCACUUGCCCCUCCCGUUUCUCCGCCUUCAAAACCGUUUUUUCCCCCAGAAGAAAACCGAAACUCUCGCAGGUCUCCAAUCGAGCGGAUCGAUUGUUCUCUAGGUCACCGUCUUCGCCUGUGGUAUUUCUCGCCGUUCGCCUUCUUCUCCUUGAAUGUGCCUGCCUGGUUGAUUUGCUGCGCCUCUUUCUCUUUUCGUUGCAUCCUCUCUCUCUCCUUACUCUCCAACAACCUCGUUCUCUCUGUCUUGCCUCCUGUCUCCCCGUCUCGUCCUCAGCGCGUCUCGCUGCCAUCCUCUCGCCUCCAUUCUUCUUCUUUUCUCCCCUCUUUCUUUCUUCUCUCCUUCCUCACACACCUCGUUCUCUUCGUCCUGGCAUCCUCGCCUGUCUGAUUCCUCUCCGUUUUCCAUCCUCUCUCUCCUUCCUCGCUGUCUUCUCGGUCUCCGUUUCCCCUUGCACCUUUUCUCCGCUCGCUUCUUCCCCUUUUCUUCUCCUUUUGUUCUUCCUCCUCCUAAGUUUUUCACUGCUCCGCACAGGAAGAUGGCGAGAUGCGGAACUUCGCCGAGAUGCCAGGCCUCCGGAGAAACGGAAGAGACAUCCGACGCGAGAAAUGCGCCCCCGAAAGAAAUUUUCGUCGCCUUCGCCCAGCAUCUUCUCUUCUUCAAGGCCAUGCCGUGGGAAGACGCGGAGUCUCUUCACAAGCAGCUCCAUGCCGCAUUCGGCUGCGGUCGGCCGCCGGCGCUUCGGAAAUUCGUCGAUGAAAUUUCAGACUUUCUCCGACCUACGGGACUGAAAGUUCGGAAAGUUUUCUGCGACGGUAGCAGAUCCUCGACGGCGUUCUUGAUUCUCCGCAGCGAAGCCGAGGAGGAGCUCCCCGUGAGCCUCUCCGCCCUCAGGACGCUCCAGCGCGUCUCGAAGAAAUUCUCUCUCACGCAGCUGCACAUCUUCCAAGCUGCAGCGAGUUAUCUCCUUCGCACAAGACAGCCUCUGACGCUGCUGCAGUGGAUACGCUUGUGUCAGGCGAAAGGCGGGUGUGCGCCUUCCCUCCUGCAGUCUCUCCUCGAACUCCAGUUUCUUCGAGUUGAGAACGCAGAGGGCGACCCAACACAACUGCGCCUCGUUUUAGGACCGUGGUGCUACGCGGUGAGAACGUCGCGAAGGAAAGAUGGCAGACAAAGAAGCAAGCAGAGAAAAGAACGCUUAGCCCAGACGCACACAAACAGAGAGGAAAGACAUGCGAGAGAAGAGAGCGCAACGAGGAAACGAAGCAGCCAAGAGGAGAAGAAGAGGACCUGCUGGACGGUGACGUAGGAAGCACAAGGCAUGUCGACAGUAAACAAAAAGGGGAGCGUUGAUGGUAGCAUACAAAAGCGUUUUCAAGACGAAACGUUCAUACUCACGAAGAACCGAUCGACCAAGAUUGCGAUGUAAAUAUUGUGAAACAUACAUCAAGAUAUGAAGAUGUAAAUAAAUCGCAAUACAGGAUUUAUGCAGUUCAACGCCUACAUGUACAUAUAUAUAUAUAUACAUAUAUAUAUAUAUAUAUAUAUAUAUAUAUGUUUGAAGGACUUGUUUUUUUCAGUACAUUUCUCGCGGUUGGCCUGCAGGAGAAACUUCGGUCUCUGGAGGCGCUGAUGCCGGAUGCGGGGGUCGAUGGUUUCGCAUGCACGCACUGCCGCCUCCCAGCAAUUUUCAGUGCGCUUCGCUGUGGGUCGCCGUCGUGCAGCGCGCAGUUCCAUAGGGAGUGUCUUCUGUUUCUUUCUUCUCUCUGGUCUGCGUCGGAGGCAGGUGGACGGCAACGAGGAGUCUCCUCCGCGAACGAACGAGAAGAAGACAUCCGUGCAGAGGCGCAGACAAGAGCGGAGAGGCGGCGAGAGCAUGCAGCGGAUGAAAACGAAAUUCCUCGAGUGUGUCCUGCGUGUGAAGGCGUUUGGGGAAAUGUUCUUGUGAGAGGCGGAGAGGAAGUUGCGGCGGCGCGGGAAGCAGAAGAUUGAUGAGUCUUUGGUCUCUCCGUUCGUUCCUCUCUCACUCUCUCUGCGUGCGAUUUCUCUUCUCUUUUUGAGCUUCGGCUUCGCGUUGCUCCUUCUGUCCGUGAGGGCAGCGAUCGGAACGCGAGAGAAGCGCGGGUGGGGAAGACACAUGAAUUAGGAGAAGAUGAGUUCUCUCGAGUUCCAGCUUUUCUGUCGUCCUCUGAUUUGUCUUCGUCUUGCCUUGGAGACCUUGUUUCGUGCUCGCUCGCUUCCUAUGUAUUCUUUUUCCGCUCUUUUACGUUCGCUCCAUUCUCGUGUGACUCUGCAAGGACAUGUCGAAAAAUGCGCCUCGAUCGAGGUCUACGCAUUUUCCUUUUUUCAGACGCCAAAUGCUUUCGUUUGAAGUUCUCGCAAGACCGAAGAGGGCCGUGAUCCCUCUCAAGCGUCUUCCUCCUCUGCGUCCACUUUUUCAUGCCUCCUGCGAGUCCUCCUGUCCCUGACUUCUGCCUCCUGGGCUUCCUCUCUUUCCUGUUCUGCAUCGCCUCGUCUCUGGUGCAGAGAACUUUGGAGGAAGGGCAAAAUGCAAAGGAAGAGACAAGAGGAGAAAAAGACAGAGACGAAGAGAGACACACACAGACGAGGAGGCACCCUUGUUCGCCGCUUCACAUGUCGUUUAGCUACACCUUUUCAAAUGGAGUGUGGGGUGAGAAAGAGAGGAAAAGCAGAGGAAGCGGAUGCGUUUCCUCGUUUCUUUGAUCCUGAUGCAGAGACAGAGGAAACCUGACAAUAGAAAGACAGCAGCGAGAGAUCUGCUUGCGUUUCGGGGGUCUCUUUGCGCGAGAUUCACUCCGAUUUCUUCGGAGGACCUUCGACAUUGUCUCCCUCGUCUACAUGCUUUAUGUCUAGUCGCACGGCGAACUGCCAUGCGAAAGCAGUGAAGUCCUCCGAGAGAAUCUCGCUCUGUCUUUCACUUGAUUUCGAAGAAAGAUACUCUCUCUAGUGACCGUGGAGGCUCCCAUCAGUUAGGCGUGACAUCGCUGAAAGUUUCUCCCUCUCAAAACGCAUUAAACAAAUAGGCUCGCGUCUACUUUGGAGCGCUGGUGAGCGUGUGUGCCCUCCUUCGCAGAUCCUCCCUGUCAGUGAGGUUGCAUCCUGCAGUCCACCCUCAUGUGCGUUUCGAAACAGUGAAUCAAUAAAAUCAGAAAAGCCUUCGUUUGACUGGUUUUUCUGAAAGGCGUUGUCCCUGGAGAUUCGGUGAUGUCUGUCGGGCGUAUCACUACGAAGCGAGGCUCGGCUCUUCGAAUUUCCGCGCUUGCCUGCGCCUCCAACGGAGGAGGAACGGAGCAAAGUUCAGGGACGUUUUCACACCAUGCAGAGAAGCGCUUGAUUCUUCACCUUUCACCCAUCCUCUUGUCGCCAUUUGCUUUACGGAUCCCCCGCUUUCUUCGCUAGGCAAGUUGCGUAGCAAAACGCACUGUCGAGGCGACACCCCACCCGCUGUGGCGUUCCGUGGCGACUGACGGCGGCGCAUGUUUCUCAGUUUCUCGCGGUAAAACAACGGAGGUUCGUCUGCCUUUCUCGCAGAAGAGGGGAUGGAGAGCCAUCGAAGAACAGGGAACUCCUCUUACACUCCUGGCUUCCAACUCUCUCGAACUCCCCAGUGCGGCACCAGUCGUCUCGGGG